AUGCUUGCGGAGACUUUCGCCGUGCUCGCAGGACACGAGUCUUCUCUGUUCACCGUCUCUCCCAAUGGCCUCCAACUCUCUGAAUCAUUCGCACCUUUGCUACACCCAGGCGAACGAUCCGCUCUGAUAUCUCUCGCUUCUAUCGCUUUCCUGUAUCGAAAUGUCCGAUCCUUCGCCCGGUCUCCGUCACACAGACCUAACGAGUAUAUAUGCGCACUGGCAUCCGCUGUCGGCGCAGAGCUGAAAGAAUACGAAGCGCUCGUAGUGAAGACCGAAGAAUCCGUCCUGCGAAAAGACGACGCUCUUGUCGGAAGCGGAUCUUUCGUACCUAUGUCAGCUCUUCUGGCGAUCUUCUCUGGUUGGGAACCGCCUCUCGCCGCACUCUCGUCUCUGAUCGCUGAGAUCAAGGCCGGCCCUUCAGAAGGAAACGAGCCCAAUUGGCCCGCCGGAAAGCUGAUCGAUCUUGUACAUAGACGUGCAAGGACGGGAUACUCGCAGGUGGCGGAUAUAUUCAAUCGUCUGCUAGCAUCUCUUCAGCGCAUCCUGCUACACCAUCUCAACGCUUACCUGCUACAUGGUAUCCCCCUCCCUGCCGAUUCAAUCCCGUCCUGUAUUUCUCCCGAAACGAAGGAGGCGAUCGUGUAUGUUGGUGAUGCGAUUGCCAUCACGCAGAAAGAAGGCUGGACCCAGUCCCUCCCGCGAGAACUCCUGUCCGAAUGGACAUCCAUGAUCAAUAACGCCUCGAUUUUCGAAACACAAACGUUCGAUACCCUUGUUGCAAGUAUUCGGACGGGAGUCAGCGAGUGGCUUUGGGCACAUGUCCUUACCCGAGACGACAUCGUGAACGCGGUGGAAUCAUUAGCCGAUUAUUUCCUUCUGCGAAAUGGAGAGUUCUCUGUUGCUGUUAUUCGAGAAGUCGAGCGCCUCAAGGCCGACCGGCUGAGAUCACGAAACUCCAUCAUCCGCGCACAAGAUCUUAACCAUGCUCUAUUACGAGCUUCAGUCGGAACAUCCGCAGAGACCGACCCUUCCUUAUCGAAGCUUUCAUUCACCAUCCCGUCUGGAACGAUGCGGCCAUUCCUACCUCAUCUCACAAAAUCCAACACCUCUAUGUCACGAUUCAGCGCCCUUCCGGAUUUCUCCUCCUUCCUCCUCGGAACUCCAAUCCAACUCACGUACCCACUCGAGUUCCCCCUCUCACUCUUCCUAUCACCUUCCGCCCUCCAAACAUACAGCCGGAUGCACGCCUAUCUCACCUCGGUCAGGCGAGCCCACAUCCUCCUUCUCGACCUCUGGUCCUCUCUCUCGCUCGCUCAACGCAAAAGACGAAAGUGGCUCCGGAUCGGCGAAGGCGGAGAGAACGAGGAGAUCACGAUGCGUACGAUCCUCCUCAGGCGGAGCUGGGGUUGUGUACGGGAAAUGAUCUGGUUCUUGGAGGUGUUGUGGUCCUACAUCGGUGGGGAUGUCGUGGACACCUGUUAUCGCACUUUCCGGGAGAAGAUGGGUCUUCCAACAAGUCGGACAAGAACCGUUUCUCGGCCUCAGCAGGAAACACUGCCUGGCACGGAAAUCCUAGACUUUACGACCCUGCGGCAACUUCACACCACUUAUCUGACCAGUCUUACGUCGGCAUCGUUGAUGGCCUCAGGACCAUUAUCGACUAUCAUCCAUGAGAUAUUGCAGACCUGUGAACGGCUUGUUGGACAAGUGGAACGAUGGGGUGGGGAUGUGCUUCCUGAUCUCCUAGGCGCGCAGAUGGAGGGCGGAGGCGGGAUGAUAGAGCGGCAACAGGUAGUCGAAGAGAUUUACGAGAUAUUUACCGAGAACCUACGCGACUUCUUCUCCUUACUAGCAACAUCACCCCUCCUUCCGACAAGAAACGCCGACAUGUCCACUUUUGUCAACGCCUCCUGCGUGCUGAACGCUACGAUGCAUGGCGCGAACGGCGCGGCAUCGAUGCAAGCUCGGCGUCAGGUCGAGCAUCUGAUGUUAAAGUUGGACUUUAACAUGCAGUUGUCUGAUCCGAGCGCUCUAAUUGAAAGAAGGUUGUGA